CUGCACAGAACGAGCACAACAGCGCGCAAGACCAACUACUCAACCCACCCAGCAUCUAUCUUGACGUCUCCUCUUCCUCAAACCUUUCUACAACUGAGCGAAGUACAACAACAUACCCCGCCAAACACCUACAGGACGUCUCCAUUCAUCCCUUCUCUAACGUCAAAACACCCCAGACCAACCGGCUCCAUACACCCCACUCCACCACACGGCCACCCAAGACAACCAAGCCACCCAAAACAACACCAACGCGACCACUGCCUCCUCCCCACGGACCCUCACCUCCCUCCUCUCCAACAACCUAGCCGCCCCUAUAUACGCUCCCCACGGCGCCACCUGCGGCAUCUGCCGCGCGCCCUUCAUGUUCAACGGCGAGCACAAACCCGUACAGGCCGUCGGCUGCGCGCCUUGUAAGGUCCAUGUGUUUGGGGCGAAGCGUCUGCAGGAGCGGAUUGCGAGUGAGAGCGAUGAGGCGAACCGAUACCCCGUGUGUGGGACGGUGUGGUUUGAGCCGGGGGCGGUGUAGUGGCGGG